GUAGAUUCUGAUCCUGUAGCUUAGCUGGUCCUGCUCUCUUCGUGCCAUUGGAAAUGAAGAUGUUGAACUUCCUCCACCAUAGGACAUAAAGACGCUGCUGUCUUUGUAAGACCAACAUCCUUGUUGCGCAGCCGGUCGUUUCUUGCUGAAGAAGAACCUCUUCUUCCGACCCUGAAUCCACCUGAUCAAGAAAUGCCCCGCGACGCACAACAGGCAAGGGUGGGCGGCGGCGGCGGGAGUCCAGGGGAAGCAGGCAGCGAGAGCGGCGGCAGCAAUGCCUCCUCCAGGGGUAGCAAGGGCAAGUCGCGGCUCGUAUCACACAGAAGAUGAGACGCUAGCAUUUACUAUGCUAGCGUAACAAGAGACAGAACAAAAGUAAACAAGAGACAGAACAAAAGUAAAGCAUGUCGUCUUGCAUUCUAGCCUGAACACAAAACAACGCUAUGGCUAGUAUGGGUCCGCCGUCCACGACGCAUCAUGCAGUUCUUUUCCCUUUCGCAGUAUAAACCACAUGCCAUGCUAGCUUUUUUCUCUGGGAUAGCUUGCAGCACACGGGGAGAAAAUGCGGCUGCUGAAACACGGAUCCACGGACCCCAUUCUAUCGUAUGGAAAAACUUCUUCUGCUUCGACGCUGUAUUAAAACAAAAAUGUUUUAUUUCUCUGCAGCAUCUGCGUCUGCCUGAUACAGAUACUGAUUUCGCGUGACAGAGAAUCCCUGUCAGCACGCGGAAUUUUCCCGUAUAGCAUUUUAUCUCUGAGACGAAAUUGAAAUGCUAUAGAUACGGGCCGAAAAAUACUGUUACGAACGGCUUUGCUUGCAUUGGAGCAACACAGUUCGCUGCGUGCUCGUCCUCUGCAAUGCAAGUUCACAACGGAGCUGCAGUUUUUUCCUGCGAUAACUCCCCCCGAUCUCCUACAGCGAGAUGUGUUUUUUCACCCUGGUGUUAUGUGUCGGCUUCUACGUGUUGGUAUGCAUUCAGCAAAUUUCGAUCUGGGUCGGAAAAAUAAGAUGGUCGUGCUGUUUUUUGUAAGAUGGCAGAGAAGUAAGUGGUCCUGGUCGUCCCUUGUUCACGGCAUUAUGACAGGAGUCUAUGCGUACAUCCAAGAAGGACACCGGCGUGAGUACAACAAAAAAGAACGCCACACCUCUACUCCAUGGUGCGCAUCACAGAUCUUUGUGUCUUUCGCACGUUGGAUGACAUGUUUUUGAAGCGGUGUAAGUAGUAGUCCGUCGGGCAUGCAUGAGAGAUCCAGACAUGUUUGCAAUGCAUAGCCGAGCUUCGUCGUGGAACCUCAGGGCCAUGAUUGCCCGCGCCAGAUACAGUAUCAUGAGAAAAAACCUGCAGUCUCUACGACUUGCACUGCGGGCAUUUUUUCUGCUUCACCUUGAGACACUUAUUUUUCGUCAUGCUAAAUGAAAUGCAGGAAGGGCAUUAUAUUAGUUCAUAUUUGUUCUGUUUUCCAGUGCGUUUGACGCAACAUUUUCUAUGUAUAGAGGUUUUGCUCGCUCCGCGUAGCGAAUAGGAUUUUCAUGCAUCUACAAGAAAGGUUUGAGACUGAGGCAUUUUUUUUUCUUGGAUAUGUAGCAAUGCCUACACCUGGGCAAGGACGAGACGGAGGAGGUACGAGAUCAGGGGCUCGCGCUUUGAUACAAUUGUGCAUGCGAACCAUCACACUACCUACUGACUGAUGCAAAAACAACAGCAACUCGAAUUCUCUGUAAGGUAACCUGCGAGAUUCCCGGUGGGCAGCAUGAUCAAGUGACGGCGGCGACAAAGUGCAGUAACGGGUACGGAAAAAAAAGCGAUUUACACUUCUUGUCAGCAUGCGGCUUUUUGUCAUACUCAACCAAGUGAGAAGUGGCAUGAAGUCGGGCCUUAUGAGCUUUGUUCUGGUGAUUAUUUAGUAUUCCUACUUACUUAGUAUGCUGAAAAACUACAAUGGCCACGAACACUGCGCAUGUUGACAUCAAGAAGUCACUUUUAGCUUUUUGACUGAAUACGGGGGCCCAGAAUAUCAUGUUUCAUAUGCUGAAGAAAAGCGCAGGUAACAGAGCGACGCGGCAUUAAUUUUUCUUCUCAAAUAAAUGAACUCUAGAAUUUCAUGUUGAGGAUGAGAAUGAAUAAGAUCGCCACGUCGUGGUGCGUCGUGCGAACAAAAAUGCUCUCUUAGCUGCGAUUUUCUGCAUGAUAUGGGACUGCAUGGACAAGCGAUACGAUUUGUGUGGGAAAAUAUGGAGGUGCUUGCAUAGAAAAGCUACUGGCCUCGCACUUCAAGAACGGCAUUUUGCAAUCCUAUCUCGUCCAGUACAUUUCUACAGAUUUUUGUGUUGAUUUUUCUAUGCGUCCAAGUGAUAGCCCUGGAGGCCCUUUGCAAAGCAAUCACCAUGAUACUUGGAGGCUGCGGAAGACGAAGACGUCGAUGAAGAACUGCAUAUCAGAGACGGCCAAGAAAUAAAUGAAUUAUGCAUCGAUAGUGCGAAAAAUUGUGGCUUCCUUUUCCAAUCUGUCUCCAUAGUUCCGUGGUAAGCCUUUGAAAUGGACUUGGGAUGACGGGAUACCCCUGCAGAAAAGCCUCGAGAACAAGGAGAAAAAUGAGGCGGGAAAAAAGAAGGACGAAAAAGAGGGGGCGUCGUCCUCGGGUGGGGGCGAAAAAAAGGGUAAAACAAGGAAUCAAGUUAAGAUCAUGGAAUCAAGUUACUUGGAAUCAAGUUAAACCUGGAAUCAAGUUAAUUGGAAUCAAGUUGAACCUGGAAUCCCGUUACAUGGAAUCAAGUUACUUCCUGGAAUCAAGUUGAAUGGAAUCAAAUAAACCAUUACAGCUUCAUCCUCGUCAGCCCUCCUCCUCGUAUUGCCUCACCUUGGAAGAGUCUGGCGCUCUUUCUAGGCUUUGUGACUGCCAUACCCUCGUGCCUAAAGUUCUUCGCUCUGUUUGUUUCAAACGCGGCCACGUUUAUCACAGGUUGCUGGCUUUGUUUUCUGUAUCUGGUCAAUAGACGCGUGGCGAAUAACGUUAGACGGACGUUCCCGGGAUUCCAUUUCAUUGUGCGUCCUUCCUUCGGAAGGUGUAUGUCUCGGGGGAUUCCCUUUGCAUUUCGCCUUCCCUCGGAAGGUCCGUCCCUCUCGGAGUUCCAUGCUCGUUCCGCCUUCUCACUCUCGGAAGAUCACGAACCAUAUCUCUCGCGAUUCCACUUCCACUUCGCCUUCCUGCGCAGGUGUCUCGAGGAUUCCACUUCGGCACCUUCGCCUUCGGGAGAUCCGGAGUUUUUACCUUCGGAAGCACCGGAGCUUUGACCUUCGGAGGCUCCGAAGCUUAUUUACCUUCGGCAGCCCUGUACUUCUCGGUCUCGGAAGCUCUGGCGGAUCUUUUCCUGCGGAAGGUCCGUUGCUUCCCUUUCGGGGAAGUCGCAGUUGUUUUUAUUUCCUGGCUGGCGCGGAGCUUUCGCCAUCGCGUGCCGACUGGCGCGAGCUCACCUACACCUCCUGCGCGGCGCGGGCUCUUCAGAAUUUUUCUGCGCCCGGGCUCGCCGAGGCGUUUUGGAUUCGGUUUCGGAGCGCGCAACUUUGCCGCAGACAGGGGUUGGGCACGUCUACAGCCUUUGCGCCGGGGAGGCAGGGGCUCCAGAGUUUUCUUCACCUUCGGGAGGCAGGGACUGGCACGCCGGGGGGGCGGCCCUGGGGUUGUCGAGCUCCUGGCAAGAGAGAGAAAUACUGCGCCCUGGGCUCUGUUUCGCCUUCGCCUUGAACUUUCCCACGCCUCGGGGGGCCUGCCGUUUCUCAUGCAAGGGUCCCGGAUGCACCUUAGCUGGCCUCUCGGCCCGAAACUUUCCGCGGCUCAGAGAGGCCUACAAUUUUCCUGUGCGGGAGGCCCGGAACAACGUUUCCUGUCGGGGGACCCGGACCUUCUCCCUGUCGGGGGACCCGGACCCGGUUCCCGCCGGGGGGGCGUGGCGCUUUCUCGUAUGGAGGUUCUUGGCGGGGGGUUCGCGGCUUGCGGUUCAGUUGUGUCUGUCGUCUGCGGCAAUGGGCCCCAUGGGAAGUUCGUUGACAGACUUUGGAAGUGUCGAGCCUUCUCCCUAAAGUUCUCACGCAGAUGUUGUUCUGGCAAUGACUCGACUCCAUUCCGACUUCAUUCCGCGCAACGGGAUUCCAGGAAUCAACUUGAUUCCAGUCAACUUGAUUCCAGGAUCCAACUUGAUUCCAUGUAACUUGAUUCCAGUCACCAACGUGAUUCCAAGAAUUUGAGCAACUUGAUUCCUUGGACGUCCGAAAAAAAGGACGAAAAAGAGGCGUCGUCCUCGGGUGGGGGUGAAACAAAGGACAACAACGAAAAAAGCGCCCCCCUUGGUGUGCUUGUGAAGAAGUAAACGCAAGACGAAAAGAAGUGCAGCUGGAACUGCGCAGCACACCAGAAGCAGAUUUGAAAAUGGUGAAACAUACUCAUCAAGUUAUCACUUAGAUUUCCACUGAAUCUGAAGUGCUUCCUAGAAAUCUGAUGAUUCUACUUUUUUCAUCACGUUACAGUUUCUGUUAGUUGCGACAGCAGCAGAAGCAGACCGCAAUAAUACUCAUUGCCCACACAAAUUUUUCACACGAUAAAUGUAGGAUCAUCAUUCAAUAUGUUUAAACUGGUAGUCGAAUUUGAAUUCCCUUCGCUGCCACCUGCGUCACGGCCACGACCGCCGCGCCGCUAACUGCGAGCCCGCAAAAGUUCCAAGAAAAUAUAAUCCAUUUUCGUGCACCAGCUACGGGAUGGUCGAGGCACAAGUAGAAAGGAAAGAUAGAG